GGAUAUGGUCUUCGUGUUGCGGUAUUCAUAGCUUGUUCGUUUUUGCGGGAUACUAUAAGAUUCUUGUGGACAUAGAUAAACUGAGUCACCGGGUAGAAUGCCUUCUGACAUAACAUCUCCGACACUGGCUUCUAUCACCUCCGGGAUUACACAGGCUCUCUGGACGCCCACUCAGGCUAUCGAGAAUAACCGUUACAUCAAAUACAGCCGCCUGGAGAAGCGAUCAGAACAUAGCCAUGCUAGCCCCAGCGAGAGAUACAGAACAGGAGUUUCGGAGUAUUGAGGGUAUCUUAUUACGUAUUACCAAACAUCGGUCGAGAGCACUGAGGGGCUGCAGUUGGGAACCCCCGCCGAUAACCGUGGGGUUCGGGGGUUUCCCGACAGAUAGCGCCAUUGCACAUGCCUAUCUGGUUCCUCUUUCAAUACAUGUUGCCCGAUAACGAUCAUCUCAUGUAUCGCCUCUUGGACUUAUCAGAGCAUACGACAUCGUGGGGUCCAUGCUAUCCAAACAUAUGCUCAUAAAACUAUCUCGAUCUACGUGCUUGCGACUAUCGAGCCCGACCCCUAAGUAUACAUACACAGUAAAUAAAGUGCAAGAGCAGAACAACAUGUCAACUACGGCAACAGCGACGGUUUCCGCCCCCGCACCGGCGCCGGCAAAGCUGAGUUCGGCACUGGACUCCGAGGACGCGGGAAGCGACAAGUUCAAGCGACUCCAUCAGAUCCCAGUCCCCGAAUCGAAAGAGGCUGCUCGACAAUGGCAGCUUGAGCAGAUGGCGGCUGCGUUUCGCAUCUUUGCCAAGUUGGGCUUCGCAGACGGAAGCAGCGGCCACAUCAGCCUCAGAGACCCUGUCCGACCUGACACCUUCUGGAUAAACCCUUAUGGAGUCCAUUUUGGCCUGCUCAAGGUGUCCGAUAUGGUCCACAUCGACGAGGACGGCAACCGCAUCGGUGGCGCCGACAAGCCGGUAAACACGGCCGGUUUCACCAUCCACUCCGUACUGCACCAAAGACGUCCCGACAUCAACGCGGCCUGCCACAUGCACAGCUCGUACGGCCGCGCAUGGAGCACGUUUGGACGGCCGAUCGAAAUGUUGAACCAAGAUUCAUGCAUGUUCUACAACGACCUCUCGGUUUACCAAGGUUUCGGUGGUGUCGUGCUGGCAAAGGAGGAGGGCGAACACAUCGCCGAUGCUCUCGGCCCCACCAACAAAAACAUCAUCUUGCAGAACCACGGUCUUCUGACGGCUGGAGGAACCAUCGCUGAAGCGGCGGGUUUCUUCAUCGCCCUGGAGCGCGCGUGUCAGACCCAGCUGCUGGUCGACCAAGCCACCGCACCUGGGACCAACGGUGCGGCGUACGGGUUGAAGAAGACGAUAGUCGGCGACGAGGAGGCUCAGUACACCAAAGAUGGAACCGGUACACCCGAAGUCAUGUACAUGCAGUUUGACCCAGAGUAUCAGUUGAUCCUGAAAGAGACUGGAGGAGACUUCCUCUUGUGAGGUUGCGGAAUAGCACGAGAGGUUUGUUGCCACAAUGCGAUGGCCAUGUGGCUGACGUUGCUCUAUUUGUAGCAAGCUUCCUCUCAAACAUAACGCCUUCCUGUCUAAACGAGCGGUGAGCAAGUGCAUGGUCCAUGAGAGCAGCUUCUGGUACACCUUAACCCUUACAGGCUGCCGUCCAAGCGAUAGAAGAAGACCGUCGGCAGGCAUUACGUGAAGUUGUAUGAUAAUUGUUUCCUCACGUUAGAUCCGUCUUUGAUUAUAGGUCUCACCGUGUUCAAGGGUGUUUUCUAUCGCUUAUAGACCAAUCAGAAACCAU